AGUGCCCUGAAUAUGCUCGGCCUUUGGCUGUUACUUCCUCCUGCCUGUGAAGUAUUUCUUUUUCUUUUUUUUCCCAGUAUUAUUUAGCAUGCAAACCAUAGAAAAGUUGGUUUCUCACUGAGCUUUCCCAUUCUCUCCCCUCUCUUCAAAGAGUCUUGACAGCUGUGAAAGGCGUGCAGCGGGAGGAUGGAGAGCAAGCCAGCAGUGAAUGGUCAUGCUGCCCCCAACUCUCACCAGGAAGACAUGCCAGGAGCAAACCACUUGAGCCAGGACAUAUUGCCUUGCAAACAGAAAAAGGCAGCUGACAGGGAUGUGGUGAUGAUGGAUGCUUCUAGUGAGCCCUCGCAGGCAGUUGGCAGCAUUGCUGGAGUGUAUGUAGAGGCUUCAAAGAAGAUAAUGAGCUUUUAUGAUGCCACCAGAGAGCACCUCCUGAGUUUGGAUUCAGCAUUCUGUCUUCUAGAGGCCCAGGCAGCCAUGGGCUUCAUCACUGACCCAGUGAAGAACAGGCAUGUCUCUGUAGCAGAAGCUGUGGAGCUGGGGCUGGUGGGGCUGGAGCUGAAGGAGAGGCUACUCUCUGCAGAGAAAGCUGCUACUGGCUUCGUGGACCCCUACACGGAAGAGAAAAUCUCCCUCUACCAGGCGAUCCAGAAGGACCUGAUCGGGAGGGAGCAAGGUACCCGGCUGCUAGAGGCCCAGAUUGCAGCUGGAGGCAUCAUUGACCCAGCCACUGGCUGCUGGAUCCCAGCAGAUGUUGCCUGUGAGAGGGGAUAUUUAGAUGAAGAAAUGAGCCAGUUCCUUUCUGACCCCAGCAAUGAGGACAGCAAAGGGUUCCUCAACCCCAGUACUAUGGAGAGGGCCACUUAUAUGGAGCUUAUAAAGAGGUGUGUUGUUGAUCCGGCCUCAGGCUUCCUCCUCUUACCCCUGCAAAUAACGUUCCCAGGGCUGGGAGGGAGGGUGACCAGCAGGGAUCUGCUGGACUCUGGCAUCAUCAGCCCUGACAUGUUCAGAGGUCUUGAGGAGGGAAGAGUUUCUGCCCAGGAGGUAGCAGAGAAUGACUCCGUUCAGCAGUUCCUCCAUGGGACAAGGAGCGUGGCUGGUGUUGUCCUGCCUUCCAGUGAGCGGAAAAGCCUUUACCAGGCCCUGAGAGAGCAUCUCCUCCUGCCUGGUGCUGCUCUGAUGCUCCUGCAAGUCCAGGCCUCCACCGGCAGCCUGACAGACCCCGUAAAGAACAAAACCUACUCAGUUGAUGAGGCUGUCAGGGUCGGUCUUAUUGGCCCAGAGCUUCAUGAGAAAUUGUCUUCAGCUGAGAGGACCAUCACGGGGUACAGGGACCCCUCCACUGGAGAAAUGCUCUCUCUAUUCCAAGCCAUCAGGAAGGGAUUCAUCCCCAGGGAUCAUGGCAUUUGCCUUCUGGAGGCUCAGAUGGCCACAGGGGGUAUAAUUGCUCCAGGCAGGCACCUCCGUGUCCCCACAGAGACAGCUUGCAAGUGGGGGUACCUGGACGAGGCCACAAGACAGCUCCUCUCCAGUCCUACUGAUGACAUGAAAGGAUUCUUCGACCCCAGCUCCAAGGAGAAGCUGACCUAUGCAGACCUGCUCAGGCGCUGUGUCACUGAUCCCAACACAGGGCUCCUUCUGCUGCCACUUGGUGGAGACAGCAGAGAAGGAUCUGAGGGAACCCCCCUCUUCUUCGACCAUAGGACCCAAACAGCUCUGGAAAACACACAAGUACCCAUUGCUUUAAGUAAAUUCAAGGGAAAGUCAGUGUCUCUCUGGAAACUCCUCUUCUCAGACUACAUCCAGAGUGAGCAAAGAGCUGCUCUCACUCAGCAGUACCUUGCAGGAACGCUCUCUAUACAAGAAUUGGGUAAGGCAGUCAGCGCCACCAUUGAGGACGUGGCUUCCACUGCUAAUGUCACCUUCAAAGGACUGAGGGACCAGGUGACAGCUGACCAACUCCUGAGCUCUGAAAUUAUCAGCAAAGAUUUGUUUAAGAAACUGAAGGAGGGAGCAACAUCAGCCAAAGAAGUUGUCAGCAUGGACACUGUCAAGAAGUACCUACAAGGGACAGGUAGCAUUGGUGGGCUGCUGCUUCCCGACUCCCAGGAGAAGAUCAGCAUCUACCAGGCAAAGCGGAAAGGACUUCUAAUGCCAGGAACAUCGCUGAUCCUCCUGGAGGCACAGGCUGCCACUGGAUUUAUCAUUGACCCAGCUGCCAACAAAAGGUAUUCUGUGGAUGAGGCUUUAAGAGCGAAUGUCAUUGGCCCAGAUGUUUACGACAAGCUACUGACUGCAGAGAAAUCGGUCACCGGCUACAGAGAUCCUUAUUCAGGGAACAAGAUCUCCCUCUUCCAGGCCAUGAAUAAAGAGUUCAUUGUGAAGGAGCACGCUAUCCGCCUGCUCGAGGCCCAGAUCGCCACUGGUGGCAUCAUCGACCCUGUCAACAGCCACCGCAUCCCCGUGGAGGUGGCCUAUAAGCGUGGCUACUUCGACAAGAAGAUGAACUUAAUCCUUUCUGAUCCCAGCGAUGACACUAAGGGCUUCUUUGACCCCAACACACAUGAGAACCUCACCUACCUGCAGCUCAAGGAGAAGUGCAUUACAGAGCCAUCCACCGGGCUCUGCCUCCUUCCUCUGAACAGCAGGAAGCGCCAGUUCAUUGAUGAUACCACCAGACGGGUGUUCAGGAGCUCCUGGCUGCUGGUCAGGUUUGGGCGGUUACGGGGGGAGAAGGUCUCCAUGUGGGACCUGCUGAACUCCGAGUACUUCAGCGAGGGAAGGCGCCGAGAGAUAUUCAACCACUACCAGCUGAGGAAGCUCACCCUGGAGCAAAUUCGAAUCAUGUUAGAGGAGGAAAUGAAAAAAUGGGCCCCCAUCAAGUUCCCAGCCAUGAGAGGCAGCGUCAGCGCUUACCACCUGAUGGAAACAGGUGUCAUUGACAAGGCCCUGUUUGAGAAGCUAUUGGAGGGAUCCGUCACACCAGAGGAAGUCUUGCACAUGGACUCUGUCAGAAGGUACCUCUAUGGCUCUGGCAGCAUUGGGGGGAUUGUACUCCAGCCAUCAAACCAGAGGAUAAGCAUUUACAAGGCCAUGAAGCAAAACAUUGUGGUACCAGGAGUAGCCCUCCCACUGCUAGAGGCCCAGGCUGCCACAGGCUUCAUCAUUGACCCAGUGAACAACCAGAAACUCUGUGUGGAUGAUGCCAUCAAGGAGGGAGUCAUUGGGCCAGAAGUCCAUGAGAAACUGCAACAUGCAGAAGGGGCUGUAACAGGCUAUAAAGAUCCUUUCACAGGCAAGAAGAUACCCCUGUUCCAGGCCAUGAAGAAGGGCCUGGUUGCGGACAAACAGGCCAUGCAGUUGAUGGAGGUGCAGAUGGCUACAGGAGGCAUUAUUGAUCCAACAUGUGGCCACUAUAUCCCCAUAGAAUCUGCCCAGAAGCGAGGGUGCCUGGAUGAGGAUACAAGCAAGGCCCUUUCUAAGCCCAAUGACAACAACAGAGCCUUCUGCAUCCCAGACAGCAAAGAGACCGUGACCUAUGCUGAGUUAAUCAAGCGCUGCCAGAAGGACGAGAUCUCUGGCUUCCACUUGCUGCCUCUGCGACAGACAGCGGCUCCUGCCUACACCGACAAACAAAUCCAACAGGUUUUCAAGGAAACUGUGGUGAAGGAAAAAGGGGUCUCCCUCUGGGAGCUGAUCCACUCUGGGUAUUUCACUGGGGAGCAGAGGAGUGACUUCAUGGAGAGGUUCCGGUCUGAGGAAAUGUCGCUGCAGCAGCUGGUUGCUCUUGUGCUCAGACUGGUUGGGGAGAUGGAAAUGAAAGCCCGCACCGAGAUCACCUUGGACGGCUUGCGGGGCAGUGUCCCUGCAGUCUGGCUGCUGGAUGCUGGCAUCAUUACUGAGAAGACGUUUGAAGAACUGGCUGAGGGCAUAAGAACUCCCAAGGAAGUGGCUGCAAUGGAGAGUGUGAAGAGGUACUUGCAGGGCACAGGCAGCAUCGCCGGCGUAUUCAUAGAAGCAUCCAAAAAGAAGAUGAGCUUUUACGAUGCCAUGAAAAACAAUCUCCUCCUCCCUGGGGCUGCUCUGAGGCUGCUAGAAGCUCAAGCAGCCACAGGAUACCUAACUGACCCAGCAACAAACCAGAGACUCAGUGUGACGGAUGCUGUGAAAGCAGCUGUUGUUGGCGAAGAGCUCACCGAGAAACUCCUUCUAGCUGAGAGGGCAGUGACUGGCUACACAGACCCCUACACAGGGAGCUCCAUCUCACUAUGUCAGGCACUCAGGAAAGAGCUGAUUCCCCUGGGAGAUGCUGUUCCCUUGCUAGAGGCCCAGCUGGCCACAGGAGGGGUCAUUGAUCCCAUUCACCACCAUCACCUUCCACUCCAGGCUGCAUGCAGAUAUGGCUUCUGCGAUGAGGACCUGAUCCAAACCCUCUCUCAGCUGAAUGACAGGACCAAAAUCUUUUUUGACCCAAACACGAAAGAGAACGUGACCUACCAGCAGCUGAAGGACAGGUGCAUUCAUGAGGCUGAGUCAGGUCUCUGGCUCCUUCCUCUGUCAGAAAAUGCGAUGUUCUGUGUGGAUGAACAAACCAUGGAGGUGUUGAAAUCUGUGACUGUUUGUGUCAACAUAGGGCGGUUCAAAGGACAGACAGUGUCAGUCUGGGACCUUCUCAACUCUGAAUACCUCUCAGACAGUAAGAGAAGAGAGCUAGUGCAAAAGUACAAAGAUGAGAAUACUGAAGUGCUACAUGAAAUCAUAACAAUUGUCACCACAAUCAUCAAAGAGACUGAGACACAAGGCAAGAAGUUUGCAUUCAAGGGACUAAGGAAAAGAGUAUCCGCCAGUGACCUCUUCCAGUCUCAACUGAUAGACAAAAAAACCCUCGAUGAGCUCAACCAAGGGAAGAAAACAGUCAAAGAAGUCACUGAAAUGGACUCUGUCCGCAGGUACCUGGAGGGCAGCAAUUUCAUAGCAGGUGUCCUUAUACAGCCAAGCAAUGAGAAGAUGAGCAUCUACCAGGCCAUGAGGAAGGGCAUCCUGAGGCCAGGGACAGCACUGGUGCUGCUGGAAGCACAGGCUGCCACCGGCUACAUCAUUGACCCAGAGAAAAACAAGAAGUUUUCAGUGGAGGAAGCAUUAACUGCAGGUCUAAUUGGAGGGGAGAUUUUUGAAAAGCUACUCUGUGCAGAAAGAGCCGUAACAGGCUACACCGAGCCCUACACAAAAGCCCCAAUGUCCCUGUUUGAAGCUAUGAACCAAGGGCUGAUUGUGAAGAGCCACGGCAUCCGCCUGCUCGAGGCCCAGAUUGCCACUGGUGGCAUCAUUGACCCUGUACACAGCCACCGUAUCCCCGUGGAGGUGGCCUACCGGCGCGGCUACUUCGACCAGGAGAUGAACCAGAUCCUGUCUGACCCCAGUGAUGACACCAAGGGCUUCUUUGACCCCAACACCCAUGAGAACCUCACCUACAUGCAGCUACUGGAGAGAUGUGUCCAAGAUUCAGAGACUGGGUUGUACAUGCUACAAGUUGUACAGAAAGGAGGAAUGUACUUCUACAUUGAUGAACUUACAAAAAAGGUUUUGUGCUCAAAGACCCUUAAAGUGAAAAUUGGAAAGUUUAAGGACCAAACAGUUUCCAUCUGGGAAAUUCUCUGCUCUCAUUACAUAUCUGAGCAGAUAAGGAAAGAACUAGUGAUGCAGUACAAAUGCAAAACCCUAACACUGGAAGACCUUAUAGCCGUCAUCUUCAAAAUAAUUGAGGAUACAGAGCAAAGAGCAGAAGCCCUCAAGGUUAAAGGACUCCGGGGGGAUGUGUCAAUAUCAGAAUUGUUUAACUCUGAGAUAAUUGACAAGAAAACUCUAGAUCAGCUGCAGGAUGGAAGUCUCACGCUUGCCAGCCUCACAAAGAGGGACACCAUCAAAAGGUACUUGGAUGGCACUGGAUGCAUUGCUGGGGUUCUACUCCCAUCGAAGAAAGAGAAGAUGAGCAUCUACCAGGCCCUGAAGAAGGGCCUCCUCACAGAGCAAUGUGCACUGGGACUGCUGGAGGCACAGGCUGCCACUGGUUUUCUCAUUGACCCACUAAAAAAUAAGAAGCUCUCCGUGGAUGAAGCCGUCACGUCCGGGCUAGUGGGGAGCAACUUGCACAAGAAUCUCCUGUUGGCAGAGAAAGCUGUGACGGGAUACACAGAUCCUCAUACAGGAAAUAAAAUAUCCCUCUUCCAGGCCAUAAGGCAAAAGAUAACAGUCAAGGAGCAUGGCACCCACCUGCUCGAGGCCCAGCUCGCCACCGGCGGUGUCAUUGACCCCAUGCACAGCCACCGCCUCCCUGUGGAGGUGGCCUACCGGCGCGGCUACUUAGAUGAUGAUAUGUUUCUUCUGCUUUCUGAUCCAGAUCAUGGUAGCAAAGGUUUUAUAGAUCCAAACACCCGUGAGAAAAUCAGUUACAGUCAGCUCCUGCAGAGAUGUUACAAAGACAGAGAUACUGGAUUGUACCUGCUGCAGGUCAUGGAAAAAGAAGAUGACUAUUUCUACAUUGAUGAGCAAACUAAAAAUGCCCUAUUAUCUACAAAGGUACAAGUGCCUGUUGGAAAAUACAAAGGACAAGUAUUAUCACUGUGGGAACUUCUCUGUACUGAGUAUAUCACAGAAGAGAAAAGAAAAGAACUGGUGAAAAAAUAUAAAGAAAAAUCCAAUCAUAUUCUACAAGGAAUCAUUGAUACAAUACUAAAUAUCAUUAAAGAAAGAGAAGAGGACAGAAGUGAUGUCUGGUUCCAAGGAAUCAGACAACAAAUAACAGCAUCAGAACUUGUAAGUGCACAGAUAAUUACAGAAGAAACAAUGGAAAAACUCCAUGAAGGAAAAGAGACGGCACAAGAAAUAGCACAAAUCGAUAGUGUGAGAAGAUACCUUGAAGGAACUGGAAGUAUUGCCGGCGUGCUAGUACCCUCCAAGGCCGACCCCGCCAAGAUGGAGAAGAUGACCAUCUACCAGGCCAUGUGGAAGGGCAUCCUGAGGCAGGGCACGGCUCUGGUGCUGCUGGAGGCGCAGGCUGCCACCGGCUUCAUCAUUGACCCACUCAGCAACAGCAAGCUCUCCGUGGACGAGGCCGUCUCGUCCGGGCUGGUGGGCAGCGAGCUACAAAAAAAACUUCUUUGUGCAGAGAGAGCAGUGACAGGCUACACUGACCCCUACACAGGACAAAAGAUGUCUCUCUUCCAGGCCAUGAAGAAGGAGCUCAUCGUCAAGGAGCACGGCAUCCGCCUGCUGGAGGCCCAGAUCGCCACCGGCGGCAUCAUCGACCCCGUGCACAGCCACCGCCUCCCCGUGGAGGUGGCCUACCGGCGCGGCUACUUCGACCAGGAGAUGAACCAGAUCCUCUCCGACCCCAGCGACGACACCAAGGGCUUCUUCGACCCCAACACCCACGAGAACCUCACCUACAUGCAGCUCCUCCGCCGCUGCGUACCCGACCCGGACACGGGGCUGCUCAUGCUCCAGCUGAUGCACAAGGGCUCCGUGCUCUACCAGCUGACCGAGGACGCCCGGCAAGCCCUGCACGCUGCCCGCACCACCCUCAGCGUGGGGCUCUUCCAGGGCCAGAGCGUCACCGUCUGGGAGCUCCUCUUCUCCCGCUACGUCCCUGACCACCGGCGCCAGGACCUCCUCCAGAGGUACAAGGCGGGGACGGUCACCAUCUCGGAGAUGAUCACCCUCCUCACCGCCAUCAUCACCGGGGCUGAGGGCCAGGGCCACGGCGCUGCCUUGGCCCGCAAGCCGACGCAGCGGGAGGCCCCGCCGUUGGCCGAGAAUGGCGAGGCCGCGGGCUCCCAGAGCGGAGAGCGGGAGUUGGAGCGGAAGCGGGAGCGGGAGCGGGAGCGGGAGCGGGAGCGGGAGCUGGAGCUGGAGCGGUCCCUGAAGUCGCGCACCGUCGAGGUCUCGGCGGGUGGCUUCCACGGCAGGAAGGUCUCCCUGUGGGAGCUCCUCUUCUCCACGUACGUCUCCGAGGCAAAGAGGCAGGAGCUGCUGGCGCAGGUCCGGGCGGGGAGUCUGGCGCUGGACGAGCUGGCGAGGCGCCUCACCCUCCUCAUCGAGGAGGUGGUGGAGCGGAGCAGCAGCAUGAAAUUCACGGGGUUCAGGAGGCAGGUGACCGCCUCGGACCUGGUGGACUCGGGCAUCAUCGACAAGGACACGCUGGCCGACCUCGUCCAGGGCUCCAAGACGGUGGAGGAGGUGACGGAAAUGGCCUCCGUCAAGCGCUACCUGGACGGCACGGGCUGCAUCGCCGGCGUGCUGGUGCCCUGCAAGGCCGACCCCGCCAAGAUGGAGAAGAUGACCAUCUACCAGGCCAUGUGGAAGGGGAUCCUGAGGCAGGGCACGGCUCUGGUGCUGCUGGAGGCGCAGGCUGCCACCGGCUUCGUCGUUGACCCCCUCAGCAACAAGAAGCUCUCCGUGGACGAGGCCGUCUCGUCCGGGCUGGUGGGCAGCGAGCUGCACGAGAAGCUCCUGUCGGCCGAGAGGGCCGUGACGGGCUACACCGACCCCUACACCGGCGACCAGAUCUCUCUCUUCCAGGCCAUGAAGAAGGAGCUCAUCGUCAAGGAGCACGGCAUCCGCCUGCUGGAGGCCCAGAUCGCCACCGGCGGCAUCAUCGACCCCGUGCACAGCCACCGCCUCCCCGUGGAGGUGGCCUACCGGCGCGGCUACUUCGACCAGGAGAUGAACCAGAUCCUCUCCGACCCCAGCGACGACACCAAGGGCUUCUUCGACCCCAACACCCACGAGAACCUCACCUACAUGCAGCUCCUCCGCCGCUGCGUACCCGACCCGGACACGGGGCUGCUCAUGCUCCAGCUGAUGCACAAGGGCUCCGUGCUCUACCAGCUGACCGAGGACGCCCGGCAAGCCCUGCACGCUGCCCGCACCACCCUCAGCGUGGGGCUCUUCCAGGGCCAGAGCGUCACCGUCUGGGAGCUCCUCUUCUCCCGCUACGUCCCCGACCACCGGCGCCAGGACCUCCUCCGGAGGUACAAGGCGGGGACGGUCACCAUCUCGGAGAUGAUCACCCUCCUCACCGCCAUCAUCACCGGGGCUGAGGGCCAGGGCCACGGCGCUGCCUUGGCCCGCAAGCCGACGCAGCGGGAGGCCCCGCCGUUGGCCGAGAAUGGCGAGGCCGCGGGCUCCCAGCAGGAGCGGGAGCGGGAGCGGGAGUUGGAGCGGAAGCGGGAGCGGGAGCGGGAGCAGGAGCGGGAGCUGGAGCGGAAGCGGGAGCUGGAGCUGGAGCGGUCCCUGAAGUCGCGCACCGUCGAGGUCUCGGCGGGUGGCUUCCACGGCAGGAAGGUCUCCCUGUGGGAGCUCCUCUUCUCCACGUACGUCUCCGAGGCAAAGAGGCAGGAGCUGCUGGCGCAGGUCCGGGCGGGGAGUCUGGCGCUGGACGAGCUGGCGAGGCGCCUCACCCUCCUCAUCGAGGAGGUGGUGGAGCGGCGCAGCAUGAAAUUCACGGGGUUCAGGAGGCAGGUGACCGCCUCGGACCUGGUGGACUCGGGCAUCAUCGACAAGGACACGCUGGCCGACCUCGUCCAGGGCUCCAAGACGGUGGAGGAGGUGACGGAAAUGGCCUCCGUCAAGCGCUACCUGGACGGCACGGGCUGCAUCGCCGGCGUGCUGGUGCCCUGCAAGGCCGACCCCGCCAAGAUGGAGAAGAUGACCAUCUACCAGGCCAUGUGGAAGGGGAUCCUGAGGCAGGGCACGGCUCUGGUGCUGCUGGAGGCGCAGGCCCACCGGCUUCGUCGUUGACCCGCUCACAACAAGAAGCUCUCCGUGGACGAGGCCGUCUCGUCCGGGCUGGUGGGCAGCGAGCUGCACGAGAAGCUCCUGUCGGCCGAGAGGGCCGUGACGGGCUACACCGACCCCUACACCGGCGACCAGAUCUCUCUCUUCCAGGCCAUGAAGAAGGAGCUCAUCGUCAAGGAGCACGGCAUCCGCCUGCUGGAGGCCCAGAUCGCCACCGGCGGCAUCAUCGACCCCGUGCACAGCCACCGCCUCCCCGUGGAGGUGGCCUACCGGCGGGCUACUUCGACCAGGAUGAACCAGAUCCUCUCCGACCCCAGCGACGACACCAAGGGCUUCUUCGACCCCAACACCCACGAGAACCUCACCUACAUGCAGCUCCUCCGCCGCUGCGUACCCGACCCGGACACGGGGCUGCUCAUGCUCCAGCUGAUGCACAAGGGCUCCGUGCUCUACCAGCUGACCGAGGACGCCCGGCAAGCCCUGCACGCUGCCCGCACCACCCUCAGCGUGGGGCUCUUCCAGGGCCAGAGCGUCACCGUCUGGGAGCUCCUCUUCUCCCGCUACGUCCCCGACCACCGGCGCCAGGACCUCCUCCGGAGGUACAAGGCGGGGACGGUCACCAUCUCGGAGAUGAUCACCCUCCUCACCGCCAUCAUCACCGGGGCUGAGGGCCAGGGCCACGGCGCUGCCUUGGCCCGCAAGCCGACGCAGCGGGAGGCCCCGCCGUUGGCCGAGAAUGGCGAGGCCGCGGGCUCCCAGCAGGAGCGGGAGCGGGAGCGGGAGCGGGAGCAGGAGUUGGAGCGGAAGCGGGAGUUGGAGCGGGAGCAGGAGCGGGAGUUGGAGCGGAAGCGGGGAGCGGGAGCGGGAGCUGGCGAAGCGGGAGCUGGAGCUGGAGCGGUCCCUGAAGUCGCGCACCGUCGAGGUCUCGGCGGUGGCUUCCACGGCAGGAAGGUCUCCCUGUGGGAGCUCCUCUUCUCCACGUACGUCUCCGAGGCAAAGAGGCAGGAGCUGCUGGCGCAGGUCCGGGCGGGGAGUCUGGCGCUGGACGAGCUGGCGAGGCGCCUCACCCUCCUCAUCGAGGAGGUGGUGGAGCGGAGCAGCAGCAUGAAAUUCACGGGGUUCAGGAGGCAGGUGACCGCCUCGGACCUGGUGGACUCGGGCAUCAUCGACAAGGACACGCUGGCCGACCUCGUCCAGGGCUCCAAGACGGUGGAGGAGGUGACGGAAAUGGCCUCCGUCAAGCGCUACCUUGGAGGCACGGGCUGCAUCGCCGGCGUGCUGGUGCCCUGCAAGGCCGACCCCGCCAAGAUGGAGAAGAUGACCAUCUACCAGGCCAUGUGGAAGGGGAUCCUGAGGCAGGGCACGGCUCUGGUGCUGCUGGAGGCGCAGGCUGCCACCGGCUUCGUCGUUGACCCGCUCAGCAACAAGAAGCUCUCCGUGGACGAGGCCGUCUCGUCCGGGCUGGUGGGCAGCGAGCUGCACGAGAAGCUCCUGUCGGCCGAGAGGGCCGUGACGGGCUACACCGACCCCUACACCGGCGACCAGAUCUCUCUCUUCCAGGCCAUGAAGAAGGAGCUCAUCGUCAAGGAGCACGGCAUCCGCCUGCUGGAGGCCCAGAUCGCCACCGGCGGCAUCAUCGACCCCGUGCACAGCCACCGCCUCCCCGUGGAGGUGGCCUACCGGCGCGGCUACUUCGACCAGGAGAUGAACCAGAUCCUCUCCGACCCCAGCGACGACACCAAGGGCUUCUUCGACCCCAACACCCACGAGAACCUCACCUACAUGCAGCUCCUCCGCCGCUGCGUACCCGACCCGGACACGGGGCUGCUCAUGCUGCAGCUGAUGCACAAGGGCUCCAUGCUCUACCAGCUGACCGAGGACGCCCGGCAAGCCCUGCACGCUGCCCGCACCACCCUCAGCGUGGGGCUCUUCCAGGGCCAGAGCGUCACCGUCUGGGAGCUCCUCUUCUCCCGCUACGUCCCCGACCACCGGCGCCAGGACCUCCUCCGGAGGUACAAGGCGGGGACGGUCACCAUCUCGGAGAUGAUCACCCUCCUCACCGCCAUCAUCACCGGGGCUGAGGGCCAGGGCCACGGCGCUGCCUUGGCCCGCAAGCCGACGCAGCGGGAGGCCCCGCCGUUGGCGAAUGGCGAGGCCGCGGGCUCCCAGCAGGAGCGGGAGCGGGAGCGGGAGUUGGAGCGGAAGCGGGAGCGGGAGCGGGAGCGGGAGCAGGAGCGGGAGCUGGAGCUGGAGCGGUCCCUGAAGUCGCGCACCGUCGAGGUCUCGGCGGGUGGCUUCCACGGCAGGAAGGUCUCCCUGUGGGAGCUCCUCUUCUCCACGUACGUCUCCGAGGCAAAGAGGCAGGAGCUGCUGGCGCAGGUCCGGGCGGGGAGUCUGGCGCUGGACGAGCUGGCGAGGCGCCUCACCCUCCUCAUCGAGGAGGUGGUGGAGCGGAGCAGCAGCAUGAAAUUCACGGGGUUCAGGAGGCAGGUGACCGCCUCGGACCUGGUGGACUCGGGCAUCAUCGACAAGGACACGCUGGCCGACCUCGUCCAGGGCUCCAAGACGGUGGAGGAGGUGACGGAAAUGGCCUCCGUCAAGCGCUACCUGGACGGCACGGGCUGCAUCGCCGGCGUGCUGGUGCCCUGCAAGGCCGACCCCGCCAAGAUGGAGAAGACCAUCUACCAGGCCAUGUGGAAGGGGAUCCUGAGGCAGGGCACGGCUCUGGUGCUGCUGGAGGCGCAGGCUGCCACCGGCUUCGUCGUUGACCCGCUCAGCAACAAGAAGCUCUCCGUGGACGAGGCCGUCUCGUCCGGGCUGGUGGGCAGCGAGCUGCACGAGAAGCUCCUGUCGGCCGAGAGGGCCGUGACGGGCUACACCGACCCCUACACCGGCGACCAGAUCUCUCUCUUCCAGGCCAUGAAGAAGGAGCUCAUCGUCAAGGAGCACGGCAUCCGCCUGCUGGAGGCCCAGAUCGCCACCGGCGGCAUCAUCGACCCCGUGCACAGCCACCGCCUCCCCGUGGAGGUGGCCUACCGGCGCGGCUACUUCGACCAGGAGAUGAACCAGAUCCUCUCCGACCCCAGCGACGACACCAAGGGCUUCUUCGACCCCAACACCCACGAGAACCUCACCUACAUGCAGCUCCUCCGCCGCUGCGUACCCGACCCGGACACGGGGCUGCUCAUGCUCCAGCUGAUGCACAAGGGCUCCGUGCUCUACCAGCUGACCGAGGACGCCUGGCAAGCCCUGCACGCUGCCCGCACCACCCUCAGCGUGGGGCUCUUCCAGGGCCAGAGCGUCACCGUCUGGGAGCUCCUCUUCUCCCGCUACGUCCCCGACCACCGGCGCCAGGACCUCCUCCGGAGGUACAAGGGGGGGACGGUCACCAUCUCGGAGAUGAUCACCCUCCUCACCGCCAUCAUCACCGGGGCUGAGGGCCAGGGCCACGGCGCUGCCUUGGCCCGCAAGCCGACGCAGCGGGAGGCCCCGCCGUUGGCUGAGAAUGGCGAGGCCGCGGGCUCCCAGCAGGAGCGGGAGCGGGAGUUGGAGCGGAAGCGGGAGUUGGAGCGGGAGCAGGAGCGGGAGUUGGAGCGGAAGCGGGAGCGGGAGCGGGAGCGGGAGCGGGAGCGGGAGUUGGAGCGGAAGCGGGAGCGGGAGCGGGAGCGGGAGCAGGAGCGGGAGCUGGAGCGGAAGCGGGAGCUGGAGCUGGAGCGGUCCCUGAAGUCGCGCACCGUCAAGGUCUCGGCGGGUGGCUUCCACGGCAGGAAGGUCUCCCUGUGGGAGCUCCUCUUCUCCACGUACGUCUCCGAGGCAAAGAGGCAGGAGCUGCUGCGCGCAGCGCCUCACCCCCUCAUCGAGGAGGUGGUGGAGCAGAGCAGCAGCAUGAAAUUCACGGGGUUCAGGAGGCAGGUGACCGCCUCGGACCUGGUGGACUCGGGCAUCAUCGACAAGGACACGCUGGCCGACCUCGUCCAGGGCUCCAAGACGUGGAGGAGGUGACGGAAUGGCCUCCGUCAAGCGCUACCUGGACGCACGGGCUGCAUCGCCGGCGUGCUGGUGCCCUGCAAGGCCGACCCCGCCAAGAUGGAGAAGAUGACCAUCUACCAGGCCAUGUGGAAGGGAUCCUGGCAGGGCACGGCUCUGGUGCCUGAGGCGCAGGCUGCCACCGGCUUCGUCGUUGACCCGCUCAGCAACAAGAAGCUCUCCGUGGACGAGGCCGUCUCGUCCGGGCUGGUGGGCAGCGAGCUGCACGAGAAGCUCCUGUCGGCCGAGAGGGCCGUGACGGGCUACACCGACCCCUACACCGGCGACCAGAUCUCUCUCUUCCAGGAGAAGAAGGAGCUCAUCGUCAAGGAGCACGGCAUCCGCCUGCUGGAGGCCCAGAUCGCCACCGGCGGCAUCAUCGACCCCGUGCACAGCCACCGCCUCCCCGUGGAGGUGGCCUACCGGCGCGGCUACUUCGACCAGGAGAUGAACCAGAUCCUCUCCGACCCCAGCGACGACACCAAGGGCUUCUUCGACCCCAACACCCACGAGAACCUCACCUACAUGCAGCUCCUCCGCCGCUGCGUACCCGACCCGGACACGGGGCUGCUCAUGCUGCAGCUGAUGCACAAGGGCUCCGUGCUCUACCAGCUGACCGAGGACGCCCGGCAAGCCCUGCACGCUGCCCGCACCACCCUCAGCGUGGGGCUCUUCCAGGGCCAGAGCGUCACCAUCUGGGAGCUCCUCUUCUCCCGCUACGUCCCCGACCACCGGCGCCAGGACCUCCUCCGGAGGUACAAGGGGGGGACGGUCACCAUCUCGGAGAUGAUCACCCUCCUCACCGCCAUCAUCACCGGGGCUGAGGGCCAGGGGAGCGGGAGCAGAGCGGUUGGAGCGGAAGCGGGAGCGGAGCGGGAGCGGGAGCAGCGGGAGCUGGAGCGGAAGCGGGAGCUGGAGCUGGAGCGGUCCCUGAAGUCGCGCACCGUCGAGGUCUCGGCGGGUGGCUUCCACGGCAGGAAGGUCUCCCUGUGGGAGCUCCUCUUCUCCACGUACGUCUCCGAGGCAAAGAGGCAGGAGCUGCUGGCGCAGGUCCGGGCGGGGAGUCUGGCGCUGGACGAGCUGGCGAGGCGCCUCACCCUCCUCAUCGAGGAGGUGGUGGAGCGGAGCAGCAGCAUGAAAUACGGGUUCAGGAGGCAGGUGACCGCCUCGGACCUGGUGGACUCGGGCAUCAUCGACAAGGACACGCUGGCCGACCUCGUCCAGGGCUCCAAGACGGUGGAGGAGGUGACGGAAAUGGCCUCCGUCAAGCGCUACCUGGACGGCACGGGCUGCAUCGCCGGCGUGCUGGUGCCCUGCAAGGCCGACCCCGCCAAGAUGGAGAAGAUGACCAUCUACAGCCAUGUGGAAGGGAUCCUGAGGCAGGGCACGGCUCUGGUGCUGCUGGAGGCGCAGGCUGCCACCGGCUUCGUCGUUGACCCGCUCAGCAACAAGAAGCUCUCCGUGGACGAGGCCGUCUCGUCCGGGCUGGUGGGCAGCGAGCUGCGGAAGCUCCUGUCGGCCGAGAGGGCCGUGACGGGCUACACCGACCCUACAACCGGCGACCAGAUCUCUCUCUUCCAGGCCAUGAAGAAGGAGCUCAUCGUCAAGCACGGCAUCCGCCUGCUGGAGGCCCAGAUCGCCACCGGCGGCAUCAUCGACCCCGUGCACAGCCACCGCCUCCCCGUGGAGGUGGCCUACCGGCGCUACCGCUACUUCGACCAGGAGAUGAAGAUCCUCUCCGACCCCAGCGACGACACCAAGGGCUUCUUCGACCACACCCACGAGAACCUCACCUACAUGCAGCUCCUCCGCCGCUGCGUACCCGACCCGGACACGGGGCUGCUCAUGCUGCAGCUGAUGCACAAGGGCUCCGUGCUCUACCAGCUGACCGAGGACGCCCGGCAAGCCCUGCACGCUGCCCGCACCACCCUCAGCGUGGGGCUCUUCCAGGGCCAGAGCGUCACCGUCUGGGAGCUCCUCUUCUCCCGCUACGUCCCCGACCACCGGCGCCAGGACCUCCUCCGGAGGUACAAGGCGGGGACGGUCACCAUCUCGGAGAUGCGGCCACGGCGCUGCCUUGGCCCGCAAGCCAACGCAGCGGGAGGCCCCGCCGUUGGCCGAGAAUGGCGAGGCCGCGGGCUCCCAGCAGGAGCGGGAGCGGGAGCGGGAGCAGGAGUUGGAGCGGAAGCGGGAGGAGGAGCGGGAGCUGGAGCGACGGAGCUGGAGCUGGAGCGGUCCCUGAAGUCGCGCACCGUCGAGGUCUCGGCGGGUGGCUUCCACGGCAGGAAGGUCUCCCUGUGGGAGCUCCUCUUCUCCACGUACGUCUCCGAGGCAAAGAGGCAGGAGCUGCUGGCGCAGGUCCGGGCGGGGAGUCUGGCGCUGGACGAGCUGGCGAGGCGCCUCACCCUCCUCAUCGAGGAGGUGGUGGAGCGGAGCAGCAGCAUGAAAUUCACGGGGUUCAGGAGGCAGGUGACCGCCUCGGACCUGGUGGACUCGGGCAUCAUCGACAAGGACACGCUGGCCGACCUCGUCCAGGGCUCCAAGACGGUGGAGGAGGUGACGGAAAUGGCCUCCGUCAAGCGCUACCUGGACGGCACGGGCUGCAUCGCCGGCGUGCUGGUGCCCUGCAAGGCCGACCCCGCCAAGAUGGAGAAGAUGACCAUCUACCAGGCCAUGUGGAAGGGGAUCCUGAGGCAGGGCACGGCGCUGGUGCUGCUGGAGGCGCAGGCUGCCACCGGCUUCGUCGUUGACCCGCUCAGCAACAAGAAGCUCUCCGUGGACGAGGCCGUCUCGUCCGGGCUGGUGGGCAGCGAGCUGCACGAGAAGCUCCUGUCGGCCGAGAGGGCCGUGACGGGCUACACCGACCCCUACACCGGCGACCAGAUCUCUCUCUUCCAGGCCAUGAAGAAGGAGCUCAUCGUCAAGGAGCACGGCAUCCGCCUGCUGGAGGCCCAGAUCGCCACCGGCGGCAUCAUCGACCCCGUGCACAGCCACCGCCUCCCCGUGGAGGUGGCCUACCGGCGCGGCUACUUCGACCAGGAGAUGAACCAGAUCCUCUCCGACCCCAGCGACGACACCAAGGGCUUCUUCGACCCCAACACCCACGAGAACCUCACCUACAUGCAGCUCCUCCGCCGCUGCGUACCCGACCCGGACACUGGUCUUUAUUUCCUUAAGAUUUUUAGAAAAUAAUUGUAAAACCUUUUGCAAUUUUUUGUUUAUUAUUGCAUUGAUGAAGAUAUUAGCUAUUGUGAAUAUUUCAUUUGCUGCUGGCAUUUUUCUUUCUUUUUUUAAAUCCUAUUUUUUAAAAUUCUAAUUCCAUGCUGAAAUUUUCCUUAUUGUUCUCUUUCCCUUUCAAUAACCUAUGCACAUCAGGUAUCGCUUUUAAAUGUCUUCCCUGAGCGCUGUGGUAUAGCCUAUUAAGCCUUUGUCUUCUGUAGUCUUUCAGGAACGCUGGAGUCAGCCUGGGUUAUCUCCAUUUCUUUUUGUGAAAUAUAUUGUCCUCAUUUUCCUACUGCACAUUUGAAUGGAAGUAUGUCUUUUAUGGCAUAUGAGUUGUAGUUAGAGUGGUAUUUUUAUUCUCCUUCAAGUUGGUUUUCUUAUGCAUAAAGAACA